AGGAAUUUGUUUGAAUUUGGAACCCGGGAGAAGAGUCAAUCUCUUCCUCUACUCUCCCUCCCGUCCACACGGCUAAGAAUAGCUCUCACCCUGCUCGAGCUCAGCCAAACAAGAAGAGGACCACCAUCCAUGCAUGCAUGAAGUCGCCACCACUCCAUUGCGUUUGCAUGCGUUGCUAGCCCGGAGCUCGUCGAGCCACAAUGGACACGGACGCCGCCGUGAACGUGACAGCGGCCGCGGCCAAGGCAGCGGCCGAUGCCACGGCGACGGUGAAGCCCGUGGCGGCGGCGUGCUAUGACAACAACCUGGUGAACUCGCAGGGCAUGUUCCUGGGGGACCAGCCGCUGCGCUUCUCCCUCCCGCUCCUCCUCAUCCAGGUCUCCCUCAUCCUCCUGCUCUCCGCCGCCGCCCACCACGUGCUCCGCCGCCUCGGCCAGUCCCGCUUCGUCACCCACAUGCUCGUCGGCAUCCUCCUCGGCCCCUCCGUGCUCGGCCGCAACCACGAGCUCCGUGGCGCCCUCUUCUCCGAGCGCGGCACCUACAUCCUCGAGAGCGUCUCGCUCGUCGCGCUCAUCCUCUUCUUGUUUUCCAUGGGCGUCAAGACGGACAUGAGCCUGCUCCGCCGCCCCAGCGGCCGCGCCGUCGCCGUUGGCCUCGCUGGCUCCGUCGUCCCGCUCGCCAUCACGCUGCCGGUGUUCCACAUGCUACAGCCCACCCUCCCCGCCGACCUCCGCGGCUCGUCGCUCAUCACCGAGAUCGCCGUCCGCCUCUCGCUCUCCUCCUUCCCCGUCAUCGCCGACGCGCUCGCCGAGCUCGACCUCCUCAACUCCGAGCUCGGUCGCAUCGCGCUCACCGCGUCCCUCAUCACCGACGUCACCUCCUGGUUCCUCCGAGCCUGCUUCGCCGCGGCGUUCCUCGUCACGGAGGCCAAGUCGCCGGCAUUCACCACCAAGAUCCUCGCCUCCUUCGUCGGCUUCGUCUUCUUCGUCGCCUUCGUGGCACGCCCCGCCGGGCGCUACAUCGCCUACAAGCGCACCCCGGCGGGUGACCUCCUAUCGGAGGGUUCCUUCGUCGUCGUGGUGAUCGCGGCGCUCCUGUCGGCGCUGGUGACGGAUGUGAUCGGGUUCAAGUACAUGAUCGGGCCGAUGAUGCUGGGGCUCGCGAUCCCCGGUGGCAUGCCGAUCGGCGCCACCAUGACGGAGCGGCUCGACUCCUUCUUCAUCGCGCUCUUCCUCCCCGUGUACAUGGCGCUCGCCGGCUACCGCACAGACUUCUCAGAGCUGGGCGGCCACGAGGAGAAAUGGUGCGCGCUGGAGCUGUUCGUGGCCCUAUGCGUCGCCGGCAAGAUGGUGGGCUGCAUAGCCGCGGGGCUCUUCUUCGCCAUGCCGAUCGGAGAGGCCACGGCUCUGGCGCUCAUGCUCAACAUCCGGGGCAUCGUGGAGGUGGCCGCCAUCAACAACUGGGGAGACACAAUGAAGGCCACUGCUGAGCACUACUCGACGCUAACGUUGUCCAUGGUGCUCAUCACGGCGGCGGCCACGCCGCUCAUCAAGCUCCUCUACGACCCGACAGGGAGGUUCGCAAGGGCCAAGCGGCGGACCAUGGAGGGCGCUCGGCCCAACGCGGAGCUCCGUGUGAUGGCCUGCCUCUACACGGAGGACCACGCCGCGCCGCUCAUCGACCUCCUCGAGGCCUCCGGCGCGAACCACGACUUCCCCGUCUCCCUCAUCGUGCUCCACCUCACCGAGCUCGUCGGCCGCGCCGCCUCCGUGCUCAAGCCCCACAAGAAGUCGUCCACCGCGUCAUCGCCGUCCGACCGCAUCGUGAACGCAUUCCGCCACUUCGAGCAGCAGGCGGCGCCGGGGGCGGUGACGGUGAGCCCCUACGUCGCCCAGUCUCCCUACAGCUCCAUGCACCAUGACGUGUGCUCGCUAGCGCACAGCCGGAAGGCCAAUCUCAUCCUCCUCCCGUUCCACAAGUCCUCUGACGGGGCGCGCAGCACGGCCAACUCCGCCGUCCGCUCCGCCAACCGCGCCGUGCUCCAGUACGCGCCCUGCUCCGUCGCCAUCCUCGUGGACCACGGCCUUGCGUCCGGGUCCGCGUGCGCGACGGCGUCCAAUAGGAACCUACUCCAGAGGGUGGCCCUCUACUUCCUGGGGGGACCCGACGACCGGGAGGCGCUGGCGUACGCGGCGAGGAUGCCGGAGAGCGGGGGGACGUCGGUGACGGUGGUGCGGAUCAAGCUGCGGAACUGGGUUGGGAUGGGCGGGCACGACGAGGUGAGGGACGAGGAGGUGCUCCAGGAGUUCUGGCAAAGGUACAGGGACGACGAGAGGGUGGUGUACGUGGAGAAGACGGUGGAGGACGGGGAGGGGACGGCGUCGGUGGUGAGGUCCAUGAGCGACAAGUUCGACCUGGUCAUCGUCGGACGGAGAGGGGAGGACAGGGACGUCGAGGGGUCGGCGCUCACAAGCGGCCUCUCGGAGUGGAGCGAGUGCCCGGAGCUCGGCGUGCUCGGUGACAUGCUCGCCACCGCGGAGUUCGCGUCCAAAGUGUCCAUCCUCGUCAUCCAGCAGCAGGCCGGGAUUACCACUGGCGGCGAUGCCGACUAUCAAUAAUAGGGACUGGUUCGACUUUGGUUCGUCGUUACAUUGUUUCUUUCUCGUUGAAUAUAUGUAUGUAUGUUGUAGUGAAAGCAAGGUAAUUUUGUUCACUUGUAGCACCAUAUAGAGCAACUUAUUGUUACUUUCCCUGUG